GUAGCAGCAGCAGCAGGACAGCAGCAGCAGCAGCCGCUGCUGCUGCUGCUGCUGCAACGGGCUUCUCAGCAGCAGCAGCAGACUCACCGCCAGCAGCAACAGAAGCAGAAAACGAAGAAGACUGCAGCAGCAGCAGCAACAGCAGCAACAGGCCCGGCCGCAGCUGCAGUGUUGGCAGCAGCGCGCGCAGCAGCAGCACCAGCAGCAGAGGCAGCAGCAUUGGGAGUGCUGAAGACAGCAGCAGCAGCAGUGUUGCUGCUGCUGCUGCUGCUGCUGCAGUGGCUGUGCCGCAGCUGCGGAAGCAGCUUGAGUUCCAUGCGAUGUACAGGCUGCUGCUGCUGCUGCUGCUGCAGCACCGCAUGCAGCGAACAGCAGCAGCAGAACUUGCUGCUUUCUUUGGCUUUGUUGCUUCCCGCUGCUCUUUGCUGCCAGCAGCUGCUGCUCCUUUGCUGCUGCAAGUCCUUGGCUGCCUCGUCAAGGCAGCAGCAGCAGUUGCUGCUGCAGCGGCAGUUGCUGCUGCUACGGCUGCAACUGGACGAAGCAGCAGCAGCAGCAGCAGCAGCAGCAGCAGCAGCAGCAGCAGCGUCUGCUGCAGCUUGCUGAGUGGCCUCCGUUUCGCUUUUAUUGCCCUUGAAGAGCUACCAAUGGAACUGCAGCAGCAGCAGCUGCUGCUGCAGCAGCAGCAGCAAGGCUCUAGCUUCGGCGAGAGGCUGCUGCAGGAGCUGCUGUUGCUGCUGCUGCUGCUGCAGCAAGUCGCCACUCUUAUGUACGGCUACUGCUACGACACGCUGCAGCAGGUGUCUCAGCAGCAACAGCAGCAGCAACAGCAGCAGCAGCAGCAGCAGCAGCAGCAGCAAGGUUGGAAGUCCAGUGCUGCUCUCUCUCGACAGCUUGCUGCUGCCAGCAGCAAAUGGAGAGGCGCAGAAGCAACUGCAACAGCAACACGAGGAGUGAUCCUGCUUGCUGCAGCCACAGCGCAGCGCCUGCUAGACGCAUGCAGCAGCAGCAGCAGCAGCAGCAGCAGCAGCAGCAGCAGCAGCAGCAGCAGCAGCAGCAGCAGCAGCAGCGGCAGCGGCAGCAGGCACGCGGCCCUUCUAAAGAACCGGCAGCUGCCAACCGCCUGGGCUUCUUUUGUGCGCGGCCUUUGCGCCAGCGGCUUCUAG